GGCCUUCUGUCAUGCGGUGCCUGGUCCUGCUUCGAUGAAUUCAAUCGAAUCGACCUGGAGGUGUUGUCUGUGGUUGCCCAGCAGAUCUUGACCAUUCAACGUGCUGUAAACGCUGGCCAGGAGCGUCUAGUCUUUGAAGGCACGGAACUGACACUGGACCCGACUUGCGCCGUCUUCAUCACCAUGAACCCCGGUUACGCCGGUCGAUCGGAGCUGCCUGACAAUCUGAAGGCGCUGUUCCGUUCCGUGGCCAUGAUGGUACCCGACUACGCAAUGAUUGCGGAGAUUUCGCUCUACUCCUGCGGCUUUGUGAACGCUCGUCCGCUCGCCGUCAAGAUUGUCGCUACCUACCGUCUGUGCUCUGAACAGUUGUCUAGUCAGCCGCACUACGAUUAUGGCAUGCGUGCCGUCAAAUCCGUCUUGACUGCGGCAGGAAAUCUGAAGGUUAGCCGAUUCCCUUUAACUGGGAUCUUCUUUAUUGCCACUGGUGCGCGGGUUACCGCUCUAUGGUCGUCGACCUGA